AUGACUAAUUCACAGGUGUGGUUCCGCGGCGUGAGGAGCUCCAAGUUCCGGCACGUGUACGGCGUCUCCUUCAAGCGCGAGCGAUGCUACGACAACAUAAAGAUCACGAGGAACGCGCACGACUCCAACUUCUGCGCCGUGAACCCGAAGUUCGUGGCGGUCGUGACCGAGGUAGCCGGCGGCGGCGCCUUCCUCGUGCUGCCCCUGGACCACACUGGCCGCUUGGACUUCAACGCUAGCCGAGUGACCGGCCACAAGGGCCCCGUUUUGGACAUUAAAUGGAACCCAUUCAAUGACAACAUCAUCGCUUCGUGCUCCGACGAUUGCACGGUAAAGCUGUGGCACAUCCCUGACGGCGGGCUGUCGAUGCACCUGACCGAAUGGCUGGUGGAGUUGCACGGCCACAAGCGGCGCGUCGCCUACAUCGAGUGGCAUCCGACCGCCGAGAACGUUCUCCUCAGCGCUGGGUUCGACUACCUGAUAAUUGUGUGGGACGUCGGCAAAGGGGAGGCUGUGAAGGUGAUAGACUGUCACAGCGACGUGAUCUACUGCAUGUCGUUCAACCGGGACGGAUCGCUGCUGGCCACCACGUGCAAGGACAAAAAGCUGCGUAUCAUCGAGCCCAGACGGGGCAUAGUGCUCUCCGAGGGGCUGUGCCACAUGGGCACGAAGGCGGCCAAGUGCACGUUCCUGGGCGCGCAGGGGCGCGUGCUGACGACGGGCUUCUCGCGCCACAGCGACCGCCAGUACGCCGUCUGGGACCAGCACGAGCUGGCAACGCCGCUCGUCUGCGAGACCAUCGACAGCUCCUCGGGCGUCGUCUUCCCCUACUACGACUACGACACGAACAUGGUUUAUUUGGCUGGAAAGGGAGACGGAAACAUCAGAUACUACGAAGUUGUUGAAGAAGCGCCUUACGUUUAUUUCCUCAAUCAGUUUCUUUCCGGGAAUCCACAGCGCGGGCUGGGCUACAUGCCGAAGCGUGGCGUGAACACGGCUGCGUGUGAGGUGUUCCGAUUCUACAAGUUGCACACUUCGCGGGGCCUCUGCGAGCCCAUCUCCAUGAUAGUGCCACGAAAGUCGGACUGUUUCCAGGAGGACUUAUACCCAGACACCGCAGCCCCAUUGCCGGCGCUAAGUGCCAAGGACUGGCUCAGUGGAAUGAAUGCACCACCACUUUUAAUCAGCAUGAAAACUGGCGUGACGAUCUCCACGCACAAGCCGCGCAGCAACAAGGACGCGCCCGCCCUGCAGCCGCAGGACGCGAACAACAGGAAGAAGUUCGCGUUCCUCUCGCGCGAGACCACGCCCGACUACCGCCCGCUCGGCACCUGGCAGCCGCACGAGAACAAUAUUCUGGAGAGCGACCUGCAGGUGGCGAUGAACGAGAAGUCGCAGAAGACGAGCGCCAACCAGAACACGAAGUUCCACCAGCUGCAGCGCAUGUUCGGCAAGCAGACGGGCGACGCCGAGCCGGUGCCGCUCUACAAGCAGAUCAACCAGGGCGACGUAUUCAGCACCGAGCACGAGUUACGACUCGCAUUCAACCGUCAGGGCGAGGAGUUGAGGAUCGUGAAGCGUCAACUGCAGAACAGUCAGCAGCGGGUGAGGGAACUGGAGCAACACUUAGCCGCUCUACAAGCGAAGCUUCAGAACCAC